UGUAAUUAUGUAUAUAUAGCCAACUUUGCAAUGCAUUUCAACAUCUCUCUUUAUAAGUUCUUGACACUUUUUGUUUUUUCUCCUUUUUAUUCUCAUUUGAUAGUACUAUUACUACUACUCAAAUAAGAAUGCCAAAUUUUAGACCAUUUCUUCACUUUACUAUUCUCAUUCUUCUCAUCAAUUCUGGCCUAAUUCUUUGCCACACCAAAGGGCUUAGACCAAAGAGAAUUGCCAAAGGAAAACAACUAACAGUGAAUAUGACACAAGUUCAACAAUCAGAACAACAAUUUAUGAAAUGGGUUCAAUUUGUUGGAAGCCUAAAACAUUCCCUUUUCAAAACAGCCAAAAAUAAAAUCUUCCCUUCUUUUACUCUUACUGUUGAUAAAAAUCCUUCUCAUGGAGAUUUUACUUCAAUUCAAGAUGCCAUUGAUUCUCUCCCUUUUGUUAAUCUUAUCAGAGUUGUUAUCAAGAUCCAUGCAGGAGUUUACACGGAGAAAGUAAAUAUACCUCCAUUUAAAUCAUUUGUAACAAUAGAAGGAGCAGGAGCAGAUAAAACAAUAAUUCAGUGGGGAGAUACAGCACAAACUCCUGGACCAAAUGGAAAACCUCUUGGCACCUUUGGUUCUGCAACUUUUGCUGUGAAUUCCCCUUAUUUCCAGGCCAAGAAUAUUACUUUCAAGAAUACAACACCAGUGCCAGCAGCAGGAGCAAUAGGAAAACAAGCAGUAGCAUUUAGAAUAUCAGCAGAUACAGCAGCUUUUGUAGGGUGUAAAUUUUUGGGAGCUCAAGAUACACUCUAUGAUCAUUUGGGUAGACAUUAUUACAAAGAUUGCUACAUUGAAGGUUCUGUGGACUUCAUCUUUGGCAAUGGCCUCUCUUUCUUUGAG